GUUAAAGUGUUGAUUUGCUUUUUGGUCAUUUGCGUUUAGUUAAUCUAAUGAAAGCCUUUUGUCUAAAAUGCUAAUGUUUUGUGUGAUCAUUGGACAAAUGCAGAUCUUUGUCAAUAUACUCAAUGGCAAGACUAUCACUCUCAAGGUGACAGGAUCAGAUAAGAUUGAUGAUGUCAAGGCUAAGAUUCAGGCAAAGGAGGACAUCCCUGCAUGCCAUCAGAGACUCAAAUUUGAAAACGAGUUGCUGGUGGGCAGGUGCACCCUAGAGCAUUACAACAUGGAGGAGUCUACCCUCACCCUUGACCUCGUCCCCCAAGGGAUGCAUAUCUUUGUCAGGACAUUGACAGGCAAAAUCAUGACAAUUGAGGUUGAGAGAGAAGAUAGCAUAUACAGUGUGAAGGCAAAGGUUUUUGACGAAACCGGCAUACCCCCAAGCAGACAACGUCUCAUCUUUGCUGGGCAUGGGCUGGAGGAUGGCCGCACCUUGGUUGACUAUAACGUGCAAAAUGAAUCUACCCUUCAUCUGCUAAUGAAUAAAAAUACAAACGGGAUGUGUAUUUUUGUCAAGCACUUGACUGGGUUGACCGUCACUUUUCAGGUUUAUGGAGAUUAUACCAUUUUUGGUGUGAAGGAAAAGGUUUCUGAUGAACUCGGCGUUUGUACGAGCCAACAACGUCUCAUGUUUGAUGGGAAUCAGCUGGAGGAUGGCCGCACCUUGGAUGACUACAACGUGCAAAAUGAUUCAACCCUUGCUCUUGUGCUGCGCUUCCCUUGUCCGAAAGGUCAUAUAUACAUCUCGGUAAAAACGGUAACUGGGAAGAGCGUCAUUGAACAUCUGUUUACGCACCGAAAGACCAUUGGUGACAACAUAAAAGAGCGGAUUUACUCCGAGUUGGGCAUUCUCCCGGACCACCAGCAGCUCUCUGACGAGCGCGGCCGCCCCCUGGUUGAAGAGUUAUGCCAUCCGCGCACCACCGUUCUUCUGCAGAUCUGUCCUCCUGGUGGUCAGUGA